UAUUUCUACCGCGGUUCCCUCUAGAGGCGGCGUGUGAAUGCACUUGCGGCUUGAUCUUCGUUUCCGCUAAACCCCCCGCGCAACCCUCUUUUCCCUUGCCGCAUCUUCCUCUAGGGCUUCCCCGAGGGCCCGAACCGAACCCAAGCGUUUCUUUCCCUUAUUUUCUCUCUCCAUUUUUUUGGUUUUCCUCCUUCCGACUCUCGUCUUCCCAUUUUGAAAGUCUUCUCCCUUCUUUGCUCUUUGAAAGGUUUCGAGGGUUCGCUUCUCUGCAAGGUGUUUUAGGGUUUUGGCGAGGGUAAGCAGGUUUUUUUCUUCGCGGGCGUCACACAUUGGUACUGCUGAUUGUGCAUGUUUCACCUGCUUGGUGUUGGGCAAAUACCCCCCCUUUGCUUUCAGUUGCUCUAUUGUAUAUAUUCUGGCACAUCAGGUUGCCUGUUUGCAUUAUUGAGGACAUGUCUUUUGCGUUGACACCAUCUAAAAGACCCUAUGAGUGGAACCAUAUUCAGCCAAAUGGAAGGGAGAAGUGGAAUAGUUUCCCUUUACCUUCACAGCAUCAGAGAAAAUUGCCCUCUGAUUCUAUUGUGUUUCGAAUCCUUUGUCGUGCUUCAAAGACUGGAAGUGUGAUUGGUAAAGGUGGGACUAUUGUCACACAAAUACGUAAAGAAACUGGGGCAAAAAUACGAGUAGAAGAACCCCUUCCUGGUUGUGAGGAACGAGUAGUUGUUAUAAUAGGACCUGAAAAGGACAAAGAGGCUGAUAAGGAGCAGGGCAGAGAGGAUGGUGAUGAAAAUGAAGGUGGAGACAAUGGCAAGGAAAUAAAAGAACAGGAUGAUGAGAAGGAUGAUAAAGAAUCAGAGCCUUUAAAAGACCAACAGGGUGAAAAAGGUAUUCCACCAGCACAAAAGGCAUUAUUGCUUGUUUUCGAGAGAAUGGUUGAAGGGGAGUCUGAGAAUGAGACCGAAGAUGAAGCAAGCAAGAAAUCCAGCUUUGUUGUAAGGCUGCUUGUGCCUUCAAUCCAAGUGGGUUGCAUUCUUGGGAAAGGUGGAAGUGUAAUUAAACAAAUGUCAGCUGAGAGUGGGGCACAAAUAAGAAUCCUUCCAAGAGAUAAGAUACCUUCAUGUGCUCUGCCAUCUGAAGAACUGGUUCAGAUUUCUGGACCAGUGGAUUCGGCAAGAAAAGCUCUUCAAUCUGUUUCUCAACAGCUUCUGGAAAAUCCUCCGCGCGAGAGGGAUACAUUUCCUGCAGGCAAAUCAUCUUUUCUGGCAACACAUCCACUUGGUCCUGUCCCUCAUUCAGAAGUCCCGCCUCCCAUAGGCUACCAUUCUUCUGCUCAAGGUCCUCGUCAUGCCUUUGGCUUGCAUGAUGGGAAUGAUUUUUUCCCAAGUGCUUCUCCUUCUGUUUCUAUGUUUCAUGAUCCUGCUAGAUCAAGUCGGGUUAAUAGUCCACCAGAUAUUCUCAGUUUUCGUUUGUUAUGUACUAAUGAGAAGGUUGGAGGUGUGAUUGGAAAGGGAGGAAGUAUAGUGAGAAAUAUUCACAGUGAGACAGGUGCUGAUAUCAAAAUCCUUGAUGCUGUACAAGAUACUGAUGAUCGGGUCAUAGCAAUUUCUGCUCCUGUUCACCCAAUGGAUAGGAUUGCUGCUGCUCAAGAUGCACUUCUUCGUGUACAACAUAGGGUUGUAAGAUCAGUUCCUGAUUCUAGUGACAAAAAUGUGCUUGCUCGGCUUCUUGUACCAUCCAAUCAGAUAGGGUGCCUGCUUGGAAAGGGUGGUAGCAUAAUGGCAGAGAUGAGAAAGCUCUCUGGGGCACAGAUACGUAUUUUGGGAAAGGAUCAGAUAUCAAAAUGUGCCUCAGAGCAUGAAGAAGAAGUUCAGGUAUCUGGGGAAUUUGAGUCAGUACAGGAGGCUCUUCUACAAGUUACCUCAAGGCUGCGCCAUAAUAUGUUUCGUGGUCCUCCUAUGCACCAUCCACCACAUAAUCCUUUCUCUGAGCACAUGCCUCCAAUGGUGUCAUACAUGGGAAGGCGAGAGCCAUCACCUCAAAGAAUGUAUCCCAGCUUUGGUCCCUCGCCGCGUAAAUUUGACCAGGGUGAGGUCCUUGCACCUCAUGAGGAACGACCUCUCUUCCCUCACGGUAUCCAGCCAGGGAUCCCCCAUGGUUCUGAAAGGAUGCCCAUGCCCACCUGGCCAUCACAUGGAAGUGGUGGGGCUGCUAGUGGUUUACCUGACUAUCCGGGGGCUGGCCCUCCAAGUAGGGUGACAGGAUUUGGAAGCCAUCCUGCCAUCAUCACAAACACAACUGUAGAAGUUGCUGUUCCACGUGCUUUUGUACCUUCAAUUUAUGGAGAGGAUGGAGAGUGUUUGCGGCAGAUUCGCCAGAUAUCAGGUGCCAAAAUUACCAUCACUGAACCUAGGCCAGGGGACACAGAGACAGUGAUCAUAAUAUCAGGAACACCUGAUCAAACUCAUGCUGCACAAAGUCUUCUACAGGCAUUUGUAAUGAGCGGGCAGGGGUCACCAUAAUGCUGCAUCUGACAGGUUUCUUACAUUUAUGCUCAACGCCAUCUAUUAGCAGUGCUAGAUCAACAUGAGUGGUGAUAAUCGUGCUAUUUGAUGUAUUUGUUUCUAUUGGUGUUUUGUUGGGGGAAGGGGAAAAGAGAGAGAAAGAGAUGCUGGCGGUUGUUUGUGCUUCGCUACAGUGGUAGGAAUGUCUGGUUCUCGGCAUUUUCUCCCUAAAGAUCAAACUAAUUUUUAGCUCAAGUUAGAAAUGGAUUUUGCUGAUUCAUGAAUGCAAAGUUCAAUCAAAGUGGAAUGAGAUUAGAGAUGGUCUGAUUUUAGCAGAUAA